UUUAAGUGAAGUAAGUGCUUCUGAAAUUUAACAUGAGUGAAAACAGGCUUAUCAAACAUUCACAGCAAAUAAAGAAAGGACAAUAAAGGACAAUUAAUUCUGCCUUUGAGUGAAGUGGUCGAACGAGCUGGUCUGGGUACAAAGUGGGAGGAGACAGACGAGCAUCAGGAUGGGCUGAGCCUCACCUGUAAAAAAAGAACAGUAUCACCUGCAGAGAGAGAGCCUUCACUCUCUUCACCUGGACAGGUAAAGAUGUGGACGUAUUUGAGAACAGAGUGAAACAGCUGGCGGAGAGAGAGAUGAAUGAGACUGAGGUCCACAGUCUGAGGUCGACCUGACUCUUUAAAUCACUGUUGCCGAGCAGUUUGUGAAAGUUUUUUUUUCAAACAUGUCAUCCACUUGGCGAUUUGCACUUUUUCUUACCGUGUUGCUGAUGGCGUCCAGAGGCCCGAGCCUGGCCAGCGAGGAGGGGGGCGCCAUGGUGAGAGGUGACCAUGGCAACACCAUCUGGAACAGGACGGACUCAGGCCACGACACGACCGGAGACACCAGUCAUGGGGACAGUGGGGACAGUGGACAUGAUGAUGGUGGACAAGGUGACAGUGGACAUGAUGACAGUGGACAUGAUGAUGGUGGACAAGGUGACAGUGGACAUGAUGAUGGUGGACAUGAUGGCGGUGGACAUGGAGAAACGCCCAUCACCACGCUGCCUAUCGUGACCUGGAAGUGGCACCAUGUGUCCACCCCGUACCUGGUGGCUCUGUGGAUCCUGGUCUGCUGGCUCUGCAAACUCAUCAUCGAGGCCAACCACCAUGUGACCGACGUGAUCCCAGAGAGCGCCCUGCUCAUCUGCUUUGGCUUCAUCCUGGGGGGGAUCAUUUGGGGGGCGGACAAGGUGCAGACGUUCAAACUGACGCCGACGGUCUUCUUCUUCUACCUGCUGCCUCAGGUCAUCCUCGACGCGGGAUACUCCAUGCCCAACAAGCUCUUCUUCAGCAACCUGGGGGGCAUCCUGGUGUACGCCAUCAUCGGGACCUGCUGGAACGCCGCCAGCCUGGGGCUGUCGCUGUGGGGGUGUCACAAGGGGGGAGCCAUGGGGGACCUGGACAUCGGUCUGCUGCAGUACCUUCUCUUCGGCAGCCUGAUUGCUGCUGUCGACCCUGUAGCCGUCAUCGCUGUGUUCGAGCAGGUCCACGUCAACGAGGUCCUCUUCAUCAUGGUGUUCGGAGAGUCGCUGCUCAACGACGGCGUGACAGUGGUUCUCUUCAAUGUGUUUGACGCGUUCGUGUCGCUGGGAGGAUCCAAGAUCGACGCCGUGGAGAUCAUUAAAGGAAUCGUUUCCUUCUUCGUGGUGGCGUUCGGCGGUUCCCUCCUGGGUUUUGUAUUUGGUCUGUUGAUCUCUCUUCUGACCAGAUGCACUAAAAACAUCCAGAUCAUUGAGCCGGGCUUCAUCUUUGUCCUGGGAUACCUGUCCUACCUGACGGCUGAGAUGCUCUCCCUGUCCGCCAUCCUCUCGAUCGUCUUCUGUGGAAUUUGCUGUCAGAAAUACAUCAACGCAAACAUGGACGAGAGUUCGGUCAACACAGUCAGAUACGCCAUGAAGGUUCUCGCCAAUGGGUCAGAAACCAUCAUCUUCGUCUUCCUCGGCAUCUCGGCCAUCGACAAGUCGAUCUGGGUGUGGAACACCGGCUUCAUCCUGCUCACGCUCCUCUUCGUCAUCGUGUACAGAUGCAUCGGUGUCUUUGUCAUCACCUGGAUCCUGAACAAGUUCAGGCUGGUCCCCAUAGGCUUCAUAGACCAGGUGAUUCUGAGCUACGGUGGCCUGCGAGGGGCCGUGGCGUACGGCCUGGCUGUGAUGUUGGACGAGAACAAGAUAAAAGAGAAGAAUCUGAUGGUCAGCACCACUCUCAUCGUCGUGUACUUCACCGUCAUUUUUCAGGGAAUAACCAUGAAACCUCUGGUCACGUGGCUCAAAGUAAAGAGAGCUGCACUGUCUGAACUCACACUCGUAGAAAAAGUGCAGAACAAGGUGUUUGAUCACAUGCUUGUUGCCAUAGAAGACAUAUCUGGACAGAUAGGACACAACUACAUGAGGGACAAGUGGAAUAACUUUGAGGAGAAUUGGAUGUCGAGGGUUUUGAUGAAACCGUCGGCGAGGAAGAACCGAGACUACGUCUUCAACGUCUUCCAUCAGCUGAACCUGAAGGACGCCAUGAGCUACGUGGCUGAGGGUGAACGCAGAGGAUCUCUGGAGUUUGUCCGAAACGACACGGCGUACGUCGACUUCAAGAAAAAGUUUGGUGAUGAAUUCUCAGAGGUCAUGCCUGACAUCAUGGCCGACAUGUCAGACGACCACGGAGGAACGUCUGUUAUGAGGAGAGACCCUGUUCCUUCAGUGAGUCUGGAAAUGCACGAGCAGACCAUGAACGGCAUGAGAGGAGCUGAGGACAUCAACACUCACCACCUGCUGCAGCAGCAUCUGUACAAGGGCAGGAAACAGCACCGGCACCGAUACAGCCGGAGCCACUUUGAUGUCAACAAAGAUGAAAACGAGGUGCAGGAGAUCUUCCAGAGGACCAUGAGGAGCCGUCUGGAGUCCUUUAAGUCGGCCAAGAUGGGCGUCGCUCCGCCAAAGACCAUCUCCAAACACACAAAGAAAGAGCCGCAGCAAAAGAUGCCAAAUGGAAAAUCACUGGACAAGAGUAAAAGCUACCACUCUGGUGAUGAAGAUUUCGGGUUCUCGGAGGGCGACAGCGCCUCUGGCUACGACGCACCGGGUUCGUUCCCCAUGAGAGUCACCUACAGAGCAGGAGCUGGAAUCGAGAACCCCGCCUUCAUGGCCGACAUGGACCCGAUGCAGAUCCCUCCGUGGCUGGCGGAGGCGGAGCUCGACAGCAGCACGGUCGCUCCCUCGCAGCGAGCUCAGGUGAGGUUGCCAUGGACGCCCAGCAACCUGCGGCGCCUGGCCCCCCUCCGCACCAGCACCCGUUCCACAGACUCCUUCAUGCUGGCCGACGCUCCCGCCACGCAGCAGAGGGACGGCGAGGAGCUGCCGCCUCCUCCACCCCCACCUGCUUCUAAAAGAGACGGUGACUGCAUGUAGCAGCAUCCUGACCCCCCCACUUCACCCCCCUGUGAGGAGCCGCCACAGACUCAAAAUACUGACGAGGGAAAGUUUUCUUCUCAGUUUAAUCUCAGUCUCAGGUUUUCAGAUGAAACAUUCACAGUCCUGUGACCUCUGACCUCUGCUCUUCAGAUCCAGCUCCUGUCGCUCUGACGUCACCCCCCGCUGAGAGCUGCAGGUGAAGGUGAGACCGUGUAUUCACCAGCUCCUGUUGAACAUUGUCAUGUUUCAUAGUCAAGCAUCUAAACACUGUCAAUCAGUCCUGGGGGACCUUCAUCCUGAUGUGAUGCAAAAACCUCUGCAGAUAUUUAUCGGUUGUGUUUGCUUAUAAAGAUGAUAAAAGAUUUAAUUUAGAGUGACAUGAAAUCAAUUCCAAAGCUAUGAUCUGAAUCUUUGUGUGUUUUCUCAUGUGUCAGAAACUUGACGUCGAAUGUUGAACUUGAAGAUUAAAAACAUUGUAAAAAUGUGACUUGUAUGAUAAAGAGAUUAUAUUUAUUCACAAAUGAAGUUUGUAAUGUAUGGACAUGUCCACCAUCUCAGAUCUGUGCACAUGCAGCUGUUUCUAACAUUUCAUUUACCUCCAACAACGAACACUUUGACCGGGUUUAGUUUUUAACUGUAUGUGUUUUAAAAUGUGGAUUUAGAAAUAAAAAUGAAGAAAAUAUGUCUGUGCAGUCGAUUUUAUGGCAUAUUAACUAAUAAAAAUGCAAAGAAUCAUUUCUUAAUCUUUUAAUAAGUAGUGGCUUGAAUACAGGUCAGGAUGACGUCAUCCAUUUUAAUCUUUAAAAACACUUUUUUUUAAAUAAGCCUGAAAAAUAUUACUACUCAUGUUUUCCAGCGUUUGCGCCUGUGAACAUUAAAUUCAGUAUCAUGUUGGAUAAAAGACUUUUUGACUCUAAACUCUAAAGAGUUUCCGUUUACAAGAAGCUGAAACGGUUCAAGACAUUUAAUCUGCCAUUUUAUUCAACCCUCUGAUACGACUCAUCAAAGCGUCUCCUGCAAUAGCGCCCAUAGUACCGGACCUUGGUUGUCAUGGUUACCAUUAUAAACACGCGAAUGUGCCGAGUUUGGCGUGCCGAUCGUUGCCAAGGUUACUAUAGUAACGGUCAUGGCCUGGUUACGUUUUUGAAAAGAUCGUGAUUUGGGUUAAAAGUAAAAGUACUUCCUCAACGUUAGACGAUCUCUGUUGUCAUGGUUACAGUACCAACAACGAACGCUCAUGGACAAUAGAAACAACAUGGGAAUCGAACACCGCUCACUCUGUCUCUCUUUAUACUACGUCACUGACACUUUUACCCUUUGGUCCUGUCAUCAUUACUACGACCACUAGAUGUCGCCUAGCAACAAAACCUAACUAUGAUGUCAUAACAAGCUGCUGCACAGACGACCUGUGGGCUCGUUUCUCAGUCACAAGUUGGUUUGACAAAACAAAAUGAAUUAAAAAAUGUUUUUUUUUUUUUU